UGUUAGAUUUAAAUUGUCCAACAAAUCUUAAUGAUUGUUUAGAACUUAUAGAAACAGUUAUGGGAGAUAAUCCGGAUGAUCGACUUUAUUUAUUAAUUCAUAAUAUUGAUGGAGUAAUGCUGCGUUCGAAUAAAGCUCAAAAUAUACUUGCCAGUUUAGCAGCCAUUCCAAAUAUUCAUAUCCUAGCAUCUGUUGAUCAUAUAAAUGCACCACUUCUUUGGGACCAUGUAAAAUGCGCCAAGUUUAAUUUUUAUUGGUGGGAUGCAACAACAUUAUUGCCAUAUCAAGCGGAAACAUCAUAUGAAAGUUCCUUAUUAGUUCAGCAAAGUAGUGGACUCAUGUUAUCCUCUCUCCAGAAUGUCUUCCUGUCCCUCACGUCAAAUGCUCGAGCAAUUUAUUUGAUUCUUGUCGAAUAUCAAUUGAGCAACAGCAGUAGUAAUUUCACAGGAAUGCCAUUUAGGGAUCUAUAUCGAGCAGCACGCGAACAGUUUCUAGUUAGUUCCGAUUUGACAUUAAGGGCACAGUUAACUGAAUUCAUUGAUCAUAAAUUGCUAAGAAUUAAACGUACAGUUGAUGGCGUUGAACAUCUGACGAUACCUCUUGAUAAGUCUCUUCUUAAACAAUUUAUGGAACAACAUGGAUCAUAAUUGAUGAACAUAAGAAAAAAAGCAAAAAAUUGAGGGACAACAUCACACGGUGUUCCCAAGCGGUCACCCA